CUUCGCCCUCUUCACAGCCUCGACGCAAUCUCGGGCACGAUUUUGUCAUCCUCCUCACCAAGCUCGAGAUUGAGAAAUUCAAGCUUCUCUAAUGGGCUGAGCAAGUCAGGCUCCUCCAGCAUGACGACAACGAAUUCACCGAUAAAUGAUAGAACGACCCUGCCAUCCAAGCGCCGGUUUCCUAUAUUACUAUGGCCUGCAUCCGUUUGCUCUUGGGCAAUGCAGUUCAGCUGAAAAAAACGUCAUGGCCUAGGCGAUGCUUCCUCGGCAAGGACCCGGAGGACAUACAGAAUCUCAGGAAGUUGAAGAUGGUCCUUGAGGCAUCCGCGGGCCAUCGAGGGGACAUUACUGAAUCAACGCAGGAACUGAUCGAUCAUGGAUGCCAGGACCGCAUCCUUCGAACGCUCUGGUUUAAAAGGGAUAGGCGACCGGAGAGAGAGCAUCGCAGAUGCACACCAGAAAACCCUAACAAUGGGCCCUGGAGCCGCCGGAUGGGGAACAUCCGUGAGAUAACCUCUCCGACCGGCUUCGCGCUGGUUCUGGCGUCUACUGGGGUAUCGGGGAAGGCCGGCAGCGUGAAGUCAAAGUCAACGCUCAUGAAGCACGAGACCGAACGUGAUGCCUGGACUGAUGCUAAGGGAUGCUUCAUGCACAGCACAGUUUUCGAAUUCCUGAGCGUGGAAAGUCCCUACUGUAGCCUAGAAGCUUCGCGUACCUAGUUACCUACCUAACUACCUAUCUUAAGGUAGGUAGGUAGGUAGGUACCUAGGUAAGGUAAUUACGGUACAGGUACAGUACAGUACAGUCCCGUC